CUCACUGACCCCCGCCCUCCCCCUUCCUCCUCGCCCCAGGGCUCUGAAAAGCCCAGGCCCGGAUGCUUGGGACCCUGCCUGGUUCCCAGGUGAACUGUCCAGUGUGCGCAGGUGAAACGCCAAUUCCACAGCCACGUAUCAACCGAUUUCAGCAGCCUCCCUCCGGUAUCCCUCCCUCCCUCCCUCCCUCCUCCCUGCCCCACCUCCUCUCCUCCUGCCUCAAGAGCUGUGUGUGACAGAGACAGAGACAGAGGCACAGUACUAAGCUGCACUUGGGAUCACACUGAGGGUAAUUUUGACCUGGGAGCUGAGUACACGCUCCGGAUUGUACCCUUCCCUGACCUGCCAGGCACAACCUGCCUUCCCAAAUCAGACUUAAAAUAGGGGGGAGGCGGGGGGGGGAAAGCAAAUUCAACUCCACCUGGUUAUUUUUAAACAAAACCUUAGCUGCCUAGCCUCCCCCUCUACCCCUCCCCUCCACCCACCCACCCACCCCCCCCCCUUUCCCAGAAUGUUCCAAUCAGUCAGCAAGCGGUGUUUUACCAUCGAGUCUCUGGUAGCGAAGGACAGUAGCCCCCUGUCGCCCCCGGACGAGCCGCUCCGACCCACCGCUGUCACCUACUCGCCAUCGGCUGAAGCAUUCGCCAGCAGUUUCCAGACGGCGGGCCGCUCGCUGUACUCGGGACCCGAGCUGAUGUUCCAGGACUCGGUCAGUCACACUCCGCUGUCCGUUCACCCUCACCAGCUCGGAGCUCACCACCUGCAGAACCCGCAUCCUUUCUUCACCCCCCAGCACAGGGACCCGCUCAACUUCUACCCCUGGGUCCUCAGGAACCGAUUCUUCGGCCACAGAUUCCAAGGGGCUGACUCUGCCCAUGACACCAUGUUACUGCACGGCCCGUUCGCCAGGAAACCCAAGCGAAUCCGAACCGCCUUCUCACCGUCUCAGCUGCUCCGCCUGGAGAGAGCCUUCGAGAAGAAUCACUAUGUGGUGGGGGCCGAGAGAAAGCAGCUCGCCAGCAGCCUUAGCCUGUCCGAGACCCAGGUGAAGGUGUGGUUCCAGAACAGGAGAACGAAAUACAAGCGUCAGAAGCUGGAAGAGGAAGGGCCUGAGUCCCAGCAGAAAAAGAAAGGCUCCCAUCAUGUCAACCGCUGGAGACUGGCCACCAAACAGUCUAGUCCCGAGGACAUUGACGUCACCUCUGAGGACUAGCGAGGCAGAAUGGGGGCAGGGAGGGGAGGGGGUGGAGGGAAAAUGGCAAAGGUGGGUGUGGAAGGGGAAGGCAAAGAGCAAGAGACAUUGAAGGGGACUAAAUGAAAAAAAAAACAGACAUUUCUGACCCAGUGCAAGGAGGAUGGGAAACCUUCAAAAACAAGUUUGGGGAAUGACAACAAGACAUUGACAAUCAUCAAAGACCUUGUACAAGACUUUGUGGAGAGUGAAUCUCAAAGGAAAAUGCACUUCAGGAUGUAGUUGGAAGAGGGUAAUACUUUUCCAGUGACAUUGAACCAUGCCCUGUAUAUAUAUAAAUAUAUAUUAUAUUAAAAUGUUAUCUGAAAGAUACA